GUCAUGUUUGGGGUGAACUCUGGCGCGCGGGAAGCCCAUUUUGACAGAAGUACACAAAUGAACGAGGGGGCGCGACGUACUCUGCAGGGAGGAGGGGUCCCCUUCAUGUCUGGAAUUCGGGGGGCCAAAGACCCCGGGCGAUGCUGACACACCAACCGGAGCCCCCCCCCCCCCCCCCGCCAGGGACGCCCAGGGGCCCGGGAGACCACCUCUCCCCACACCCCGAGCAAAGGGCCCCAGCAGGACAACACCGCGGCCGCCCCCCAACCCGCACCCGGCCGGCGGGGGAGGCCCGCUCCCUCCAAAGCUCCCGGAGAGCCUGCCUCCCUCAGACGGGCGCCCUGCGGGGCGGCCCGCGCCCCAAUUCUCCGCCGCCCCGCGCUGGCGGGGCGGGGCCUCUCCCCUCCCCCGCAGCCCUCGUCUCGGGGUCCACCCGGCCGGGAGGCGGGAUGCCACCAGUCGAGCAGAGACACCCCCGGCUGAAGGAGCUGUCCUCACGGGCCCCGGAGGAGGUAAGAUCAAAGAGUGAAAAAAUGAAAGUUGGCAGCUGGGAAGAACAGAGUUUCCGUAGACUGUGAUAGCAUGCUCCAUCACUUAACAGCAAUGACCAGAAAAGUAGGUGAUGAUCUUGACGUUGCACAUCUGUAAAAUGGUAUCGCCUAAUGACUUACAGAUUUGACAAAAUUGUUUAAAUUUUAUGUCCGUCAAAAGAAGAUCUAUGCAUGGGAAAUUCACAGAUCCUGAGACCAUUGUUUUCACUGAAAGGUAAUUUGAUUUAACUGUACAAUUGGCCCUUGAACAAUACGGAUUUAAACUGUGCAGGUCCACAGCACUCAAUAAAGAGAGUGCUGUAAAUGUA